GGAGCGCUGUGAUUGGUCAGAAUGUUUGUGGCUGUGGGAUUGUGGACCCUCUGUCCCACAAGCCCCUCCCUGGUUUUUCCUUCCCGAAGUUUUUCUCUCCUGAACUUUGACGCUGAUCGUCUCCGUGUGAAGCUCCGUGUUAAGUUCACGGUAACGGACUCACAGCUGGACCGAGAGGCUGACCCGCCCUGAGCUCUGAGUGAGGCCGCUGUACGUGACGUGGAAACAUGUUUCUGCCGAAAAAAAGUAGAAAGUGUGUGUGAGCUGAUGUGAGCAGCAUGGGUGGCAGUGAGAGCAAACAGGAUGGAGACCCUCACUCUAAAAGCACUCUGUGUGGGGAACAUGAGAGCCAGACCAAAGUUCAGAGGAACCAGCCUGGACCUCCACCCAGCUCUGUGUCCUGUAAGAGUGACCGGUCUAAAGAUGCCAUCACUAACUUUAAAGUCCAGCCUGUGUCUGCUGCAGAGAGACUGACUGAAGUCCACAAGAAGAUGAUGAUGGAGGAAGAGGAGGACAGAGCAGAGUCUGCAGGAUCCAGCUGUCCGUCUGUGAGGAGUGACCGGUCCAAAGAUCAUAAUCCAAACUUCAGUGGUGAACCUGGACCAACGAGUCUGUCAGGCUGUCUGAUCACAGAGGAAGGCUGUACUUCUCUGGCCUCAGCUCUGAGCUCCAACCCCUCCCAUCUGAGAGAGCUGGACCUGAGCUACAAUCAUCCAGGAGACUCAGGAAUGAAGCUGCUGUCGGCUGGACUGAAGGAUCCAGGCUGGAGACUGGACACUCUCAGGGUGGAGCCUGCUGGAGUCCGAUGGUUGAGACCAGGUCUGAGGAAGUAUUCCUGUCAACUCACAAUCGACACAAACACAGUGAACACAAACCUCCAACUGUCUGACAACAACAGGAAGGUGACACAUGUGGAGGAGGUUCAGUCAUAUCCUGAUCAUCCAGACAGAUUUGAUGGUUGUCAUCAGCUGCUGUGUAGCAAUGGUCUGACUGGUCGCUGUUACUGGGAGGUCGAGUGGAGAGGAGACGUUUUUAUAUCAGUGAGUUACAGAAGCAUCAGAAGGAAAGGAGAGAGUGACGACUGUUGGUUUGGAUGGAAUGAUCAGUCCUGGAGUCUGAUCUGCUCUGAUGAUGGUCCUCGUUCUGUCAGGCACAAUAACACAGUAACAUCCAUCUCCUCCUCCUCCUCCUCCUCCUCCUCUGUCUCUAACAGAGCAGCAGUGUAUGUGGACUGUCCUGCUGGCACUCUGUCCUUCUACAGAGUCUCCUCUGACACUCUGAUCCACCUCCACACCUUCAACACCACAUUCACUCAAACUCUUUAUCCUGGGUUUAGACUCUGGUCUCCUGGUUCCUCAGUGUCCCUGUGCUGAGUGUAAAGAGUGUCUCCUGUUAGAGAAACACUCUGACUGUUGAACAGUUCAGUCUGUACAUGUCUGUCUCUUUCACUCACAAACACGUUUUCACAUUCAUGGAUUCAAUCAGUUGAUGUUUGAAACUCUUCUAAAUGAUUCCUUGUAAACUUCUUCAGUCACAAACAAACAGGAAGUGAUGUCACAUGUGUUCCUGUCCACACAGCAGAAUGAGUCUAUUGCUGACAGUGAUGUACAAACAGAGUGAACAUUUCUGAGGCCCAAAAUAAACUGAGUAGUUCACUGAAUGAACACUGUGAGCUCAGUUCCUUCAUCAUUAGUAUGGAUUAUAUAUGUAUAUGUAUUAUAUUAGUAUCAUAUAUAUCAGGUGCUGCUGGUUUCAGUCAUUGUGCAAAUGUGCUGUUUGUAAGGUUGUAAAGCUGCAGUCAGCUGAGACUGAAGAAGUCACCUGAUCAGUGAGCAAACGUGAAAACGUCCAGAUGAACAGAAUCAAGCUUUUGGGAUCAGCCAGCAAUGCAGCAUCAUUGUUGUUCAGGUUCAGAGGUUUGCAGGAAUGAACUGAUGACCAGAAACAGCUGCAGAGUCCAAUCAAAUACCAGCUGGAGUUCAGCUGCAUUUGAAGAAGUCAAAGAAAAGUAAGGAUGGCAAAGGGCGAUGUUUUCUUCCAAAGAACUGAAAACAUGGUCGACGCCUCAUUAGAAGAAUCAUCUGGACAUUUGUGAGGAACUCGAACCAAGAAAGCAACACAAGAAAGCAACGUCACACAGAUCCAACAGACAGUUUCCAUGACUGCAAGUGUUCAGUGGAAAAAUGCUCCAUUGCAUUAUUGCAUCCUCUCACCACAGGAGGCGCUGUUGGCACCACUGAUUGCUGAUCAUCUCUGAUGAUCUGAUUGAUCCUGUGAAUAACGGGACUCACUGAACUCUGUGACACAGUGAAGAUUACAGAGUUUAACAUCUGACUGACGUCACACAGACAGAAGGAUGAACCAGUGAGGCACAGAACACAGUUACUGGAGAUACUGGAUCAGCUCCAUGUGAACCUCUGAUGGAGAAGCUGCUGACCCAGAGAAACAUCAGGACAUGACAGGCAGCUGCACUGAUCUAACAACAUGUAGCAGAGCUGAUCUAUGUUAGAGGAUCUAUGACAGCAGCUGAAAGUCCAACACUGGAUACCAGCUGAGCCUGUGCUGAGUGUUACAGGAAAAGAAACACUGACACUGGGAGACACAGUGAUGCUGACUGGGGCACAGAGCUGAAUGAUGCAGCAUCAGGACACUGUUUCAGUCUGACUGACAGAGAAACCUGUAGCUGCAUCUACAUGUGAGGCAGAGGCCACACAAGCAGCUUUCUAUGUUUCACAGUGACUGAGAUCUUCAGUGGGGGUGGACAUGCUCCUGUACAGACCUCUGAGGAGAACCAAGGUGCAGUCAAAGAGUCCAGUCUGUCCUCACAGAUGUCAACAUGUGCUUUCAUCAGGUCUGCUGUCAGCUAGCAGGCUCACAUCAGAAUCACUGUUCCUGAAAAACACAGUCUGUGUGACAUCAUCAGUCAGCUGAUGGUCCCAGAUCUGAAUGGUUUCUGUCUCUACUGAGGAAGUCAGAGAAUCUCACUGAGGUGUGGAUCAGGUCUGAGUGAGCUGUGGAGGGACAGCUUUAAACAGUCCACAGGUCUCACGUCCUGCUCAGUCUGGUAGCAGAUACCUCGUAUUGUUCCAGAUGUGCUGACAUCACCAGCAGCAGCAGCAGCACAGCUGUGUGAUACGAUGAAUCUCAGUUAUUGAUCCAACACACAGUAAAUACAAAGAUCAGGAUUUCUGAGAGUAAUCAUUAUGAGUCUGAACACAUGAUCACUGAAUGUUAGUCUCCACAAUAAUAAGCUAACACAAGCAAACACAGCUUUCAGCUCUUAUUUUGAAACUUCUUUAGAGAGCUGUGAUGUGAGCGUGCCUGGCUCUGAGGCACUUGGGUCAGCCUCUGUUGUUUAGAAGUGUUACAGACUGUGAGUGACACAGACCUGUCAGUUUCAUGUUUGUCUGUAACACAGCUCAGGGCUCCAUGCUGAACGCAUCCAUCCAGUGUUAUUGAUCCAGCACUAAUACCAGCAUUGGGAUCAAUACUACACAAUCACAUGUGUCCACGUGAUGGAUUUGACCAGCUUUAUUCAUUAAUGAUCAAUCAACUUAUUUACUGCAUCUGAGUCCAGCUUCAUUUAAAUGAUCCAACCAUGAAAAUGACAUCAGUCCUACAGAAGCACUUAAUGCUAACAGGAAGUCAUUGAUUAAGGUGGAAUAACACAGAGACACACAACCACUCACAGUUAACCUGACCCCACUAACUGCAUGUGUUUGGACUGUGGGAGGAAGCCGGAGUACCGGAGAGGACGCACACAAACACGGGAGAACAUGAAGCACUGAAACAAAGAUGGUGGAUUUGACCUCAGGACCAGGCACGUAAUUUCCAGGGGGGUUACGGGGGUCAUGACCCCCCAAUAAUCAGAUCCAGCCAAUAUAAUUUCAUCAUUCCAGUUUAUAAAAUUAUGAAAUAUCUUGAUUUUCUUUAAUCAUUUCAAUUAUUGGCACCAAAAUAUUUCCAUGUUUAAUCAUCUAGUAAUGUAACCCCGCCUCCUUCGCCGCAUACUUGGUAUUACCCAACCAGCUUUCUCUACCAAACCUUCACUGUUUGCUGUGUGUUUGUUAGCGCAGUCGCUGGUGCCAGAGACUGCCAGUGACUUCAGUCUGAGGGUUUGAAGUUUCCAUGUCUGUGUGAUGUGUGGUGUGAAGGCUGCUGGUUAAACUGGGACUCACUGUUUAAAGCACUGAGUGCUCAUAGAGAGAUGCUCCAUGAGUCCCAGUACAGACUACAAACAUGGUGGAAACUUAGCUUUGAUAUCCACACACUCUGCACGUCUGUGAGUAACUGUGAUGAAGAUGUGCAGAGAUCUGUGUACAAACAGGAGAAAGACUGUAAAGACUCUGUGCUUCUAACAGCCUCUGUUAACAUAUGUGAGGCUGUUUGUUGUUGUUGCCAUGGAGCUUUUCACUGUUUGGGUCAGCAGGUCAUGUGAUCAGGUUUGUUCUGCUGGACGAUGGUUCAGUGUCAGGGUUUGUUUGCAUUCAUCAAUAAAUAUCUAAAUAAAUCAAAGA